UUUGAAAUCUCUUGGCUGAGAAAUUUGAACAAAAGCCUUUUCAAACUGCAUGAGGAAGCUACACCAAGAGCACCUUGGACUCGUGCCAGAAAACAAACCAAGAUGGAGCCGUCCGAUCAAAAGCACUUCCAAGUUGCAGACUAUGUUGUGUUUGCUCUUUUGCUGGCGGCCUCUGCAGGCAUCGGGCUGUACUACGCCCUGUCUGGGGGGCGGCAGCGCACCACACAGGAGUUCUUGAUGGCAGACAGGAACAUGCGAUGCCUUCCCGUCUCCCUCUCGCUCAUCGCCUCCUUCCAGUCGGCAGUGGCCAUCAUCGGCGUCCCGGCUGAGAUUUACACUCAUGGCACCCAGUACUGGUUCAUCGGCUGCGCUUACAUCCUAGGGCUUUUAAUUCCUGCUCAUGUUUUCAUUCCAGUGUUGUACAGACUACGACUCUCCAGUGUUUACCAGUAUCUGGAGCUGCGGUUCAACAAAGCAGUACGCAUCUGUGGAACUCUAACAUUUAUCUUUCAAAUGGUACGUCCUUUAAGAUACUUAAAAACAUAUAAGAGCAUCUGGUGUAUACUAACACCUAAGCCCGGCUUAAAACCACAAUAGAAAUGCUAUGAUGUAGUGCAGUUUUUUAUAGUUUAAAAUGUACACUUUUUGUAUUAUGCACAAUGCAGGAGCUGUAAUUUGAACUUUAAAUUGGAAAGGUAGACUGCAAACCAUCGGAAAUCACCUCCACACCCCCGGAAACAUUAUAAGUGCGGCUUCCAUUUUAGUUUUAACGAAUGAGUCGCUGUCUGGCAAGUUGUUGUUACAUUAAAAUGUCAGUUAGUAAAGGUGAUGCUGCUUCCAGCCACGUUUAAGCGCAUAGUUGGACCCUUCGGGAAGAUGGCCACAUUAUAAAAAAAAAUCUGAUCAGUCGUGUCAGUAAAAGUUUGCUACAU